CAGCCUUCCCAGGAAACAUGCGCCCUGCUCAAACCACUCAGCCACCACUCCUCCGCCUUAUGUACUGCAGUAUAUCUUUAAAGGUGAAAGGUGUGAGAAUGAAUAUCCCUGAUCUGUAGUGUGACUGCGUUAAAACACAGAAACGUGACGUUAUCUCUUAGUUCUGGUAAUCAGUUACUCCCAUAUUCUCUGCUGCUGGUCCAGAGGUCAUUGCGGAGGUAUAUCAGUUUAGUUUACUGCUUUCUUUCUGUCUGUCAUCUUCCUCUCUGUUUUUGGUUUGUGUGAAUGUGAAACCAGAGGACCCAUUGUAGCCAUGGACUGGGUUAAAGGGUUACAGAAAAACAAGAAGAAAGUCAUUAUUGGGGUCUCGGCUGUGGUAAUCGUGACAUUAAUCCUUGGUCUCGGACUGGGCCUUGGACUGGAUUUGCAGAGAUGUAGAGAUAAAGUGCCGCCCCAGACAUCCUGCAAGAGCAGAUGCUACCAGCCUUAUGACGAUGAAAUCCCUGGCUGCAGGUGCGACACCAGCUGUAACGCCACAAACAGCUGUUGCCACGAUUACCAUGACAUCUGCAUGGCUCCGACCCAGCAGUGGGAAUGUUCGAGGAUACGCUGUGGCGAAGAAAGGCUGACGGAGAGCAAAUGCCAUUGCGAUGAUGACUGCAUGUCUGCAGGAGAUUGCUGCUCCAACUACAAACACAUCUGUCACGGGGAGACAGAGUGGGUGGAGGAUCAAUGUGAGGACUUGUCAACUCCCAAAUGUCCAGCAGGCUUUAAGCGACAGCCGCUGCUGCUGGUGUCUCUGGAUGGACUGAGGGCCGAGUACCUGCAGACGUGGAGUGAUCUCAUCCCUGUUUUGGACAAACUCAGAAAUUGUGGGACAUCGGCUCCCUACAUGCAGGCAGCAUUUCCAAGCAAGACUUUCCCUAAUCACUACACGAUUGUUACGGGUCUGUAUCCAGAGUCCAACGGUUUGAUUGACAACAACAUGUACGAUCCAGUGUUCGAUGCCUCUUUCAGCCUGUCCAACUCAGAGAAAAACAACCCAGCCUGGUACCUCGGACAACCUGUUUGGCACACAGCUAAGCAUCACGGUCUGAAAUCGGGGACGUAUUUUUGGCCAGGGUCAGACGUCAAAAUUAAUGGAAGCUUUCCUGACAUCUACCAACCUUACAAUAGUAAAGUGCCGUUUGAAGAAAGAGUAUUUACUGUUCUAAAGUGGCUGCAGCUGCCAGAUAAUGAAAGGCCUGAUUUCUACACACUGUACCUGGAAGAACCUGAUAAAUCUGGGCACAACUUUGGUCCCGUCAGCGGAGGGAUCAUUUCAGCAAUCCAGGGAGUGGAUAACAUAAUGCGUCAGCUCAUGAAUGGCCUCAAGCAACUUGACCUACAUCGCUGUCUCAACAUCAUUGUUGUUGCUGAUCAUGGUAUGGAGGACACCAGCUGUGACCGGAAGGAGGUGAUGCAGGAACUGGUGGGGGAUACCAGUAAUUAUUUUGUCAAUGAGGGACCAUUUGGACGCAUCAGAGCCAGGGAUAAAGACUCGGUGUUGGACUCUGCUGGACUCGUUGCAAAUAUGAGUUGCAAGAAGCCAGACCAGAAGAUCACGCCAUACCUGAAAUCCAACCUACCAAAGCGCCUACACUUUGCCAACAGUCGCCGUAUCGAAGAUGUCAAUGUCCUGGUUGAACCAAAGUGGCUAUUUGAGAGAAAUCCGGGAUCACUCACAUUCUGCUCAGGUGGAAAUCAUGGCUAUGACAAUGAUGCUGAGAGCAUGCAUGCAAUGUUUCUUAGUUUUGGUCCCAAGUUUCUCCAAAAAAACAAAAUCGAACCCUUUGCCAACAUUGAGCUGUACAAUCUAAUGUGUGAUGUGUUGGAGAUCUCUCCAUCUGAGAACAACGGGACUCAUGGCAGCAUGAAUCAUGUUCUGAGAAAGACCUUCUACAGCCCAACACACCCUCCAGAGCAGAGUAGGCCGACUCAGUGCCCACUGAUCAGCCUGACCCCGGAGGAUGAUCUGGGAUGUAAUUGUUCGGCACUGGCUGGACCUGAAAUUAACAGCCGUUUGAAUUUGACCGCAGAAGAGAAAUCUACUGCAGAAAAGAGGCACAUGCUGUUUGGUCGUCCCCAGAUGCUGCAGCCCGGCCGCGGUUACUGCAUCCUCCACCAAGAAGGAUUCAUCAGCGGCUACAGCCGCGAACUGCUCAUGCCUCUCUGGAGUACAUUCACCGUUGAAAAACCUACCAACUCGGACCAGUUACCUCCUGUAACACCUGACUGCUUGAGGGCUGAUGUGAGAUUGCCAGAACCUCAGAGUCCCAGAUGUGAUCAGUAUGAAGCUGCUAGAAACCUGACUCAUGCUUUCCUGUAUCCACCGAAUCUGAAUGUAACAGUGGACCAACAGUAUGAUGCCUUGAUAAUGAGUAACAUUAUCCCAAUGUACCCUGCAUUUAAGAGGAUCUGGGAUUACCUCCACAACACUUUGCUGAAGAAAUAUGCUUCUAUAUACAAUGGCAUUAAUGUUGUGACAGGGCCAGUCUUUGAUUACAACUUCGAUGGCCGAUAUGACACCCCAGAGCAGAUACAGCAGUUUGUGACUGGGACCGACAUCCCCAUCCCCACUCAUUACUUUGUGGUGCUGACGAGCUGCAAGGUUGUUGAGCAGCCAGUGAGCGCUUGUGGCGGUGAGCUGCAGACUGUGUCUUUCCUGCUUCCCCACAGAGCUGACAACACGGAAAGAUGCAAAAUUUGUUCACUGUUCCUAACCGAGCUGUUCCUCCUGCUCUCCGUGCGCUCCUGGCUGGCGCACGGCACCACCGCCCCGCCGACCUACGAACACACCGACCCGCUCACCGGCACGACGGUGCAGUGUGACCGCUGCCCGCCGGGAACCUUCCUGCGCGCCAGCUGCUCCUCCGAUACGAAGAGCGACUGCGCUCCGUGUCCGGAGGGCUCCUUCACGGAGCUGUGGAACUACAUCGGACACUGUUUGCGCUGCGGAAUCUGCGGACGGAACCAGGUGGUGAAGAAGGAAUGCAGCGCAGACAGCGACUGUCAGUGCGAGUGCAUACAGGGUUACUUCUACCGUCAGGACUACGACAUGUGCGUCCGACACAGCGAGUGUCCAUCCGGGCACGGAGUGCUCACCAGAGGUACACCUGAGAAGGACACAGUAUGUCAGGCUUGCUCUGAAGGCACCUUCUCUGACAUUUCUUCCGCCCAACAAAGCUGCAAGCAGCACAAGAGCUGCAGCGAUGCAGGACUGCAGCUGGUGCUCAAAGGCUCCACCUGGCAUGACAGUGUGUGUGCCAACUGUGGAGAGCGCAAAGAUGGAGCUGAGUACCUUAAGGAAAUUAUCCCAGCUUUCUUCAUUUACCACAAAAUGAAUAUUAAACGGCUGCGUCGGAUUGUACACAGGCUCCCCUCUGCGGGUGGUAAAACGCCAGGAGAAACUUUGGAGCUGAACUUCUCCGAACUCCACGCACGCAUCUGCAACUGGGUGUCCUCUGCCACAGCGGCACAAAUUCAGCAGCUUCCCGACAUCGUGAAUAAAGUAGGAGCAACAAGUGUUGGCGAGAAACUACAGAGCAAGCUCCACCAAGUUGAAAAACAUCUGAGAGAGUCCUGUCGCCCUGAGCUGGACGGGAAUGAAGUUUUAUAAACUCUACGAUGUAUAAGAAUCUAUAUUUAAUGCAGUAAAAAAAAUUCAACAGUUUGUAUAAAGCCUGUGUGUAUAGAAUUUCUGAAGAAAAGCCAGAAAAUAACUUAAAGAAUUUAAAAUAGGUUUAGAAUAGAUUGACAUCCAUCCAGGCAUCCCAGACUUCCCUCCUGUGGAGGUUUAAGUAGAAAGAGUAUUUAAAAAUGUGAAGUACUUACAAAUGUUCGAGGAUGGUUUUUGUUUUUUGCAAGUUUUGGUUUAUUUAGACAUUAGUCUCAGAUAAUCGGCAAACGCUCAAGCAAUUAUCUAUCCCCAGAUGUUUUGAUCCACGGACAGCUCCAUCUGGAUUUGUCACAUAUUCGUGGAGUUAACUGGAAACAACUUUCAUUUAGAGAAAUUUACCCUUAGGACCUGGAGCAUUGUGUGAAGAUUGGUAAAACAAUUCAAAAUAAUGAGAUAACGUUGUUGGGAUCAGAGAUGUAGACAACUUAAUCGUCUGCAUAAAGAGUUGGUUUAAGCGACAUGCCUAACACCCCAUAAUUACAGCCAUGUAGAGGAAACAUCAGUUAACACAAGAAUCGGGGGUGUAUUCUGCAGUGUUACAGUAGAGUGCCAUUGCUUUAAUAACUGUGUAUUAGUCUGUAUAAAAAAAGCUUGUGUGAUGUCAUACUAUUAAGGUGGAAAGUGCUAAAUACUUUCUCAUAAUAAACCGUAAUUUAAAUGCCUGCAUGUCAUUCAGAUGUUGUUGCAGGACAUGCAGGCCCAUGGAAAGAAGGAUUUCUUUUUGCCACUGUUGCACUAAUACGUUUUUAAUAGUCGUCUGUGUGUAACUGAAAAAGAUGAGGAUCAAUUGUGACCCAAUUGCUGCAUUAGACAAAAGUGUCAUACCCUGCUGAGGUAUAUUGUUGUAUGGGUUAGAACAUGUGUUUUGAAAAGUGCCUUCCGACGAUGUUGUCAGUUGGUAUUAUAUUUAUAUUUCCUUCCUGUCUUCCCACAGACACAUUUCUGUUUUUCAUAGUGUUGUUGUUUUAUACCUUUUCCACCUCAGUCGAUACAGUAACAAUGGCAGCUGAAAGGUUGAGCUUUAUAGGGAGUAGAUUUUUUUUAUUUUUUAAAGAUCAAUUAAAGCUUUUACACAUUCUAAAAGUGGUGAUUUGUUUUUACAAUGGCUGUAAUACACACCUUGGGCUAUAUCAGU